CCUUCAAUAAAAAUUUGUAAUAGAUGGAUGUCUUUUGUAAUUCCACAAAAAGACAGGAUUUCUAUUUCUAGCAAAUUAUUACCUAAAAAGGGGAAACUCCUGCAGAUUUGUUCGAAGUGAAGAAAAAUGGCUAGAACUUACGAAUCUUUAAUAGAUGAUAAGAUCGAACAGGGUUUCUUGGCUAAUGAAAGAGAAGGAUCAGACAUUAAUUCUUCUUUGGAUUUGCAUGAAUUCAUUGAAGAAACCAAAAGGAUUGGGUACAUAACAGGUCCAAUGGUGGCAGUCCAUUUCUCACAAUACUUUCUGCAAAUUAUAUCAGUGGUAAUGGUUGGUCACCUUGGCCAACUUUCUCUCUCCAGCAUUGCCAUUGCCGUCUCCUUCGGUGCUGUCACUGGUUUCAGUGUUCUUUUUGGAAUGUCGGGUGCACUUGAAACUUUGUGUGGGCAAGCUUAUGGAGCUCAGCAAUAUGGAAAACUAGGAACUCAUACUUAUACAGCUAUAUUCUCCCUUAUCUUAGCUUGUCUCCCUUUGACUACCCUUUGGGUUUAUAUGGGUAAAUUAUUCAUUCUGAUAGGCCAAGAUCCUGUUAUUUCAGAGGAGGUUGGGAAAUUGAUUAUAUGGCUAAUUCCUGCUCUCUAUGCGUAUGCAACACUUCAACCUAUUAUACGGUUCUUUCAGACACAAAGUUUGAUUAUGCCAUUGCUUGUAGGUUCCUGUUCUAUUCUUUGUUUCCAUGUGCUUCUUUGUUGGGGUUUAGUGUUUAAGUCUGGAUUAGGAAACCAAGGUGCAGCAUUAGCCAUCAGCAUUUCCUAUUGGACUAAUGUGAUUUCACUAGGAUUAUAUAUGAUGUUCUCUGAUACUUGUUCAAAAACCCUUGCCCCUAUUACAAUCGAUGUAUUUCGAGGAGUUCGAGAGUUCUUUCGUUUAGCUAUCCCCUCUGCUUCCAUGAUUUGCCUUGAAUGGUGGUCAUUUGAGUUGCUCAUAAUAUUUUCUGGAUUUUUACCAAACCCACAACUUGAAACAUCUGUUACAUCUGUCUGUCUAGCAACCAUGUCAACACUAUUUCCAAUACCAGAGGAAAUAGGAGCUGCAGCAAGCACUAGAGUUUCAAACGAACUAGGAGCAGGUAACCCGCGUUCAGCUCGUAUUGUUGUCUUCACCGCCUUGUUGAUUGCACUAUUAGAGUCCGUUACCGUUGGUGCAGCCCUCUUUUUUAGUAGGCAUGUUUUCGGUUAUGUUUUCAGCAAUGACAAGGAAGUUAUCGAUUAUGUCACAAACAGGGCUCCUUUGCUAUCUUUGUCUGUUGUUUUGGAUAGUUUACAAGUUGUCCUGUCAGGGAUUGCAAGGGGAUCAGGAUGGCAGGAUUUGGGGGCUUAUAUCAACCUUGCUGCAUACUAUCUUUGUGGAAUUCCAGUUGCUGUCGUAUUGGGAUUUUGGGUUAAGAUGAGAGGAAAGGGGCUUUGGAUUGGGUUACAAGUUGGUUCCUUUUUGCAAGUACUUUUGCUUUCUGCCAUAACAAGUUGUAUAGAUUGGCAUAAGCAGGUUUGCCUCCAUAAUCUCUUCAGGGGAAUGUUGAAUAUCGACAUAUAUCCAAUACAAGUAUAUUAUAAAAAAAUUAUAAGUUUUUCAUCUAUUUGGAAAAUGAUAUUCCUUACUCAUAUCCCAAGUAUGUAUUGCAUUUAAGGUUUUUUUCUUAGAAAAUCAAGAGUCUGGAUAUUUGACAAAUUUGAGACUUUUUUUUAGGAAGGCAAGGGACAGAUUAUUGGAGAGUGACGUUGAGACUCAAGCACAGAUUAGUGGAGAUUAAUCCUUAGGGUGGGUUUGGAUGGGUGGUGUAUUUACGUGCGGUUAGUAUAAAAACAACGAUGGCGGUAAGAUUAGAUACUAUAGCGAUACUAUAGCGUGAGAUAAAAAGUAAGCUAAAAGUACCAUACCGCCCAUCUAAACCCACCCUAAUUGUCGCCUAGCGAAUUUUGACGGAUAAAAUUUUACAAAGAUCAAUUUCAAUCUUGUCACAAUUAUGGAUUAAUCUCUCUUCUUUUAGUCCGAUUUUCAAAAAUUAAACUUCUCUAUAAUUAUAGUUAAAUUGAUGUUGUGUACAUCUAGCUUUUAAUGUUACUAGA